CGUUAUCAGCUGUUUGCUCAACAAGCAGAAGUGUUCACAAACAGAGCUGCCGCGUUGUAAGGUAUUCUCUAUAGUGUUCAUUAUUUGCUCCACCGUAGUGCGGUUGAGUUAAAGUGCAUUGUGAAGCAGAAUGUCCUCGUCCGACCUCGACGUGUUGGUGUUUGGAUCAUGCAUAGUGGAUUUCAUAAGCUAUGUUCCGCGGUUGCCGAAGGUCGGCGAAACGCUACACGGAACCCGGUUCGCCACGGGCAACGGUGGCAAGGGGGCUAACCAGUGCGUGGCGGCGGCAAGGCUUGGAAGUCGAACGGCGAUGAUCGGCAAGCUGGGUGAUGAUCCUUGGGGAGGGGCAUAUCGGGAUGCACUCGCUGCCGAAGGAGUCAACGUGGAACGGGUCGCAAUUGUGCCAGGCGAAAGCACCGGCAUCGCCCAAAUAAACGUUGCCGAUAACGGCGACAAUCAAAUAGUCAUCGUGACCGGUGCAAACAAAUGUCUCGCACCAGCGGAUGUGCAAUCGAGCGAAGGGUUUCUCGCAAGGGCGCGUAUUCUGGUCUGCCAGCUAGAAACACCGCUGGAAGGAACCAUGGCUGCCCUCAGCGCAUUUGAGGGAAUCUCAAUUUUAAAUGCUGCACCGGCAGAAAAGCAACUGCCUCGAUCACUUCUAGCCAAGGCAACGAUCUUUUGCGUGAACGAAACCGAAGCCGCGCUACUAACGGAUAUGCAGGAAGUCAACGAUAUUGAACAAGCGAAGACGGCACUGUUGCGAUUGCGGCAACUCGGAUGUAAAACGGUUAUCAUAACACUCGGAGAAAAGGGAGCCAUCUUUGCACGCCCCGAUGACACGGAGGUCGUUCACGUAAAGCCGGUGAAGGUGAACAAAGUUGUUGAUACUACGGGUGCCGGUGAUGCAUUCAUAGGCGCAUUGGCGCACUUUAUGGCUAAAAAUCCUGAAGCCGAUUUGGCGUGGUGUAUCGCCGCCGCCAAUCGGGUUGCUGCGUGCUCCGUUCAAAAACCAGGCACUCAGACGAGCUUCCCGAGGGCCGCAGAUAUUGAUUUGCGCGAGGAUUUAUCUUCACUGGAGAAUCAAUGCGUCAAAGUUUAAGUGAAUUAAAAAAACUCAAAAAUAUACUUUUCUUGUAUUGCAUUCUGUUCACUUUUAUUAUAGUUAUCAAAGUCAUUUAACAGAGUAUGAAAUAAAAUCCAAAAAACGAGUU